UUCUGCCCAACAAGCCAUGCAGAACAACUCCACUGAUCGGGAUCGACUGUUUGGUAUGAUACAUCGGCCUGAAGGUCUCCACCGGCAGUUCAACUUCCUACUCGUAACUCUUCCGUUUUCGAGUUCAACAGUUCUUGUUUUACUGUUCUCAUUUUGACGCAUUGUAUUUAUCAGCUCUUCUACAAGGCAAGCAGCUCUAUGGACACAGGCUCCAUGUACCAGUUACGCAACCUGAUUAACCGCAGAGAUGUGACAGGACCAGACGAUGUUGUGCAAAAAUUUCGGCCACAUCAGCAGUUCCUUGAGGAUGUUACAGACAGCUACAUUGUUGCAGCCUGCCUUGAUGUUAUGGAAGAAGGCUGCUCAAACAAAAACAAUAUCGAGUUUGUAGAAAAAAUAUCGCAGAAGGUUAUGGACUGUUUUAAUCUUGAUGUUACUGAGAAUUCAAGUAUUUCAAGAAUACGUAAUGACCUUGAAGCAAUACACGCUGAUGAACAGAAGCUCUUUGCAAUGAGAGUAAAUGACCAUUACCAAUGUGCUUUGUGUGGAAAAUGUUUCACCUCACUUGUUUGGUUUAAGAAACAUUUAACUAACAAACACCAUUGGAAGCUCCAUCAAGCAAAUACCAAUGAACAUUGUAAUAAUGCAGUCGGACAAUUCCUAUUCAUGUCUCAUCUUUUUAGGGACACAUGUGAUUCGUACAAAAUGUGUGACGGUGCAAGAUCAGUAUGCAAUGCCCAUUUUGAGUGGCUUUACGAUUCUGCUUUGAAACACUCUAAGUAUAAAAUUUGGUUAUGGCGAAUGAUAACAUACACGCUGUCAAUUCUGGGUUUCCGAGAAAGUUUUGAAUACAAAUGGAAUAUCAGUGUUAAUUUUAAUGGGGGAAUUCGCAACAACAUUCCUAAUGACAAUGCAGUAGAAAUACAGGUCAAUAACAUAAAAAGAGAACUGAACACACAAGGAGCAAACAAGUCAUGUGAAUCAGCGAAACAGAUAUGCAUGACAACACAAGUUAUUCACGCUAUCAAGCAGAAUCUCAUGAGAACGUCCAGAACAGCAAAGUCAAAGAGUACAAGGCCUGAAGCGGGCAAAAGUGGUGAUAUUAUGAAAAUGGUUGAGUUUCUCAGACAAAAAGGUGCCAUAAAAAAUGUGUGCUGGAAUAGUUUUCAAAAUUUUAGAGAACCUUUGAGUGGUAUUAAUGCUGAGGAACUUCAUGCAUGGAUUGGUGAGCAGAAAAGAAUUGCAAAUAUGUUUAUGUAAAUCAUAUAGUAAACCACUGUGCACUAGUAGUUUUUUAGGUGAUGACAAAUUAACUAAAUCAGUAAUUGUGACUUUCAGUGUUACAAAUAAUGAAAAAUCUUUUAUCUUAACAUUUUGAUGUCAGACAAUAUUCUGGUGAACAUUUGUAUUAAGUUAACUGGUACAUGUACAUGUCAUAUGCAUGUUUUAUUACAGUAUGAUUUCAAUGCAGAGUUUGCUGAAUUCAAGUCUUUUAUUAGCUCGGCUGUUUUCGAAGAAAACCCGAGGUAUUGUCAUAGCCAGCUCGUCCGCCGUGCAUUGCGCAAUAACUUUUGCAAUAUUGAAGAUAGCUACUUGAUAUUUGGCAUGCAUGUGCAGGGUUUUUUACCUUCUGAAAGACCUGCUGAAUUUCGGCCCUUUCCCCUAGAUAUUUUUUUCCCCUCUGACAGAAAUUCCCCUAAAAAAAAUUUAUUUUUUUUUUAUUUUUUUUUUAAACCUUUGAAUACAUAAGUAAACCUGAUUCAGUGUAGAAAAUACAAAAUAUUGCAUAAUUAAAUUAUCUGUUGCCUUGAAUUUGUUUUAAAAACAGUAAAAUAUGUUGAAGUGAUUAUUUAAAAUUUUCCUUAUUUUCCCCAAAAUCUGGCGUUUCGCAUGAUUUUGUUCCCCAAAAUCCGGCUUUUCGCACGAUUUAUUUUCCCCUCAAAAAAGCCAGGCCCUUUCCCCAAAAUCAGAUAAAAAGCUCUGAUGUGUAUCUCAUGGAGCUGCACAUUUUGAGUGGUAAAAGGUCAAGGUCAUCCUUCAAGGUCAAAGGUCAAGUAUUUUUUUUUUGUUAAAUUCAAAACUGCACCCACAGCAGAGUGUUGGCAUUCCCUGGACGGUGCUCUUGUUCUCUAUUAAUGUAACCUUUAGGCUUUGAAACGUACUUGUUAGACUUGUAUUUCAGACAUGUUUAUGCCCCUAGCAUUUUUAUGCGGAACGUUGAGAAUGAUUGCCCGGUCUGUACUUCUGUGACAGGUUAUGUGACGUGAUUGCAUAUUUAACUCUUGAUUCUAAUUUUUUUAUCUGUGAUGUUUCAUCCAUUAUCUUGCUGCAUCAUAUUUUAUUUUAUUGUGCAUUAUAUGUAUCUGUAUCAGGAAGUGUUGACAUUCGUUGUGCUAAUGCAGAAUUCAGUGCUGUAACUUUAAAAGAUUUUUUUUCCAAUAUCAAAUGGUAUUAGUUUACUUCUAUAACAGUUUCACAUUUCAAUACUACUGGCAUGUCCAAUCAGUUCAUGAUGGGUUCUUAACAAGGUUAGCAUAUUAAAUGAUGCAAAUUGUAUAAUUAUUUUAUUGUGGUAAUUUGGAAGUUUAUUACAUUGA